AUGCUAACCAACUGGUGGUAUCCGCCUGAUGAAGGCAAUAAAUCGUCAGCCCGAUCGUCGACAGACGAUGGCCGUAUUGAUCCUGAGGAUGACACUCAGCUCAUGGAGCCUGACCAGGGCAAUGUGCUCUCGCAUAUCAUAUCACAGCUGCGCCCGGGGGCAGAUUUGAGUCGCGUCGUCCUGCCGACUUUCAUCCUUGAGCCUCGGAGUAUGCUCGAAAGAAUCACCAACUUCAUGUGCCACCCUGAAAUGCUCCUCCACAUCCCCACGAUAGACGACCCAGUCGAACGCUUUGUAUCCGUAGUCAAGUUCUAUCUCAGUGGCUGGCACAUCCGCCCACCAGGUGUGAAGAAGCCGCUGAACCCGAUCCUUGGUGAACUAUUCACAUGCUAUUGGAACUUUGAAGACGGCAAGAAGGCCUAUUACAUCUCUGAGCAAACGUCGCACCACCCACCCAAGUCCAGUUAUUUCUACAUGGCCCCUGAUCAUCACAUUCGUAUCGAUGGGACCCUAAAGCCUCGAAGCCGAUUUCUCGGAAAUUCUGCCGCCAGCUUGAUGGAAGGUAUCGCUUUCCUUGAACUGCUAAACAGGGGCAAGGACCCCUCAAAAGGAGAGAGAUAUAUCAUUACACAGCCCAAUAUGUAUGCUCGAGGUAUUCUGUUUGGUAAAAUGAAGUAUGAGCUUGGAGACCACAGUUUCAUCCGAUGCCCUGAGCUGGAUCUGUCAGUCGACCUCGAGUUCAAGGUCAAGGGCUGGGUUGCAGGAACGUAUAACGCUAUCGGUGGUGUGAUCAAGCGAGAAAGCACAGGCGAGAUCCUCUAUGAACUGUCCGGGUUAUGGAGCGAGGAAAUGGAAAUGUUCUUUAACGCUAAUAGGUCCAAGCCGAGUCAGCCUCAAGUGCGCCCCGUCGAGGAGCAAUGGGAUAGAGAGUCUCAAAGACUUUGGAAAAACACGGCCGAUGCCGUCAAGGACCGGAACCACGAACUGGCUACGGAUGAGAAAACCAAGAUUGAGGAUCGCCAGCGCGAGGAAGCCGCCCAGAGAGCCCAAGAAGGCGUCGAGUGGCAGCCCAGGCUGUUCCGAAGGAUUCACAACGAUCCUCACAGUCCAGAAGAAGGCCUGGAGGAUUUGGAGUGGAUCAUUAACGCUGACAUCGACUCAACCGCAUCUCCUGCGAAACAAGCGGAACAGAUUAUGGCAAUCUACCCGAUAGUUGAUGGUCAAAAGAGCGUGUUUGAAGAUUCAAAACCCGAGGCGAUCAUCCCAAAGCAGCCCGUCGCAGCAGCAACUAACGAUGUAGCACCAAGGCAACCGUCUCAAGAAGACCUGGUGGACUUUGGUCAAAAUGAAAUUCCAGCGGCCAAGCCAGCCGAUACUCCCGUGGAGUCGCCCCAAAAGACGCCCGAUGAGAUUGAGAAGCUUUUAUCCAAGACGGGGAAACCAGCUGAGGGGCCGCUGAUUGACUUUACGCAAGACCUGAAGAAGGAUUUACCCUCCACUCGCCAAGAUCAACCCAAUGGCACGAGUAAUUAA